AUGGGUGGCAGGAGCACCAGAGAGAUUCACCACCACCACGAGGACAAGGAAUCCAAGGAAAUGACCCGAAAAGCCAAUGAGGAGAUGGCUGCAAUCCGCAGCCAAAUGGCAGAGCAGGAGAGGAGGAAUCAGCAGAAUCUGGAACGACAUCAAGAAGCUUUGCGCAGAGCUGAACAACUCCGUGCUGAAGAAAGAGACGCUUAUGUGCAGCGUUUGCAGGCAGAACAAGAGGAAAGGAGAAGGGAGAACGAGAGAGCUCGUGAACAACUCGAACAACAAGAGCGUGAGGCUGAACAACGCUUGGUUGAGGAACUUCAGAGAGAGCGUUACAAUGUACAAAAGGCCAAGGUUGAGAAGUGGCAAAGGUUGAAGCGAGACUAUCCAAUCCCCUCCUUCCUUCAGAAGUACGUCAACGAAGUGAGUGAGGAUGCAGAGGCUGAUGCUGCUCGAGACCGCUUUGUGAACGUGGCCAUGCUUGGAGAUUCGGGAACCGGAAAGAGUUCAUUGAUCAAAGACAUCCUGAAACACUUUGGAGUCGACUUGCCUCCGGACCAGAUGCCUAAAGUCUCCAUGGAAGGAACUUCGAAGAUUCCUUCCAUGACAUAUCUCUGCAACAUGGGCCUGAAAUACUUCGAUGCCGUCUGCAUCGUCACGGAUGGUCGUUGGUCUGAAGGGGAUGACAACCUUCUGGCAGCCAUCCACUAUGCAGGCAUUCGAUGCUUCGUUGUCCGAAGCAAAGUGGAUCUUGCCGUUGAUGCUGGAGUGGAGGAUAAGGGAUGGAGCCUAGCUGAGACGCUGUCGCAUGUGCAUCAGCAGUUGCAACGGCAGACUCGGCUGAAACCACAUCGCAUCCAUCUCUUGACAUCCAGGGAUCGCUUUUGGAAGGACUUCGGCUCUGUGGACAACUUCUGCAAACAUCUCCAAGAGGAAGUGGAAGCGUCUCUGAAGGAAGAGGUUGCAGAGCAAAUGUUCGAAGAGGCGCCGCAGGAAGAUGUGAACAUGGAUGCAGUGGAUGCAAUGGAUGACUGCAUCAUGACAUGUGAUGAUAAGGUCGAUAAGGUCGAGUGCCUUCGCCUUGACAUUGACAAUCAGUGCUUCAAAUCAGUCGGCUUUUUGAAGCGGGCUAGGGUCUGCGGGCUUGAGGGUUUGAGGCCUUGA